ACCCUAGUCCGGGGUUGGCCCGUUGGCUGGUUGGCCGACUGCUGGAGUGGACACAUCGGUGUUUAGCUCCUGUCACGCUUUUAUGAUAAAUCUGAAAUCCGGAAUCUGAAAUCGUACAUCGAGACGUUAACAACAUCAUCACGGCACACUCGCAGCGCCGUCGGAUCGCAUUGGUUCGGUUUCAUCAGCGGGAAUCUCCACUUCUCCACUUGCCGUCGCCUCUCCACGUUUGCAAUUUAAUAUGGAGCCCAAUGCGAUGACCCCAAAAAGUGCGAUUUAACAGUGGUGUUUCCGAAAUACUUAAAAAUAGUGCUGAUUGUUAACGAACCUUUCAACGAGGUGAAAUCUAUAACCGCAGUUCGCCUAAGCCCAACAAAAUGAAUAAAGAAGAAAAUUCCUCCGAAACACGACCAUCUUCUCAAGAACUCCACAGUCCGCAGCGGCAUUGCUACACUCCGCCGCCGGUGCCGAUGCACGGACAAGCGCCUCCAACGACGUCGUCGGGCGUGGCACCGCCCACACCGCAACCGCCCCCUCAUCCCGCCGCCCCAAACGUGCCCGCUGGUCGGCUGCUGGGCUGGAACCACAGUGCCGCUGCAGCGGCUGCGGCGGCAGCGGCGGCCCAAGCGGCAGCCAACUCCAUGAACCACUCUUCGGGGGCGGAGGGUUCGGCGAUGACCCGGAUUAAGGGUCAGAACCUGGGCCUCAUCUGCGUGGUGUGCGGCGACACCAGCUCGGGGAAGCACUACGGCAUCCUGGCCUGCAAUGGCUGCUCCGGAUUCUUCAAGCGCAGCGUGCGGCGGAAACUCAUUUAUCGCUGCCAGGCGGGCACCGGACGCUGUGUGGUGGACAAGGCCCAUCGGAAUCAAUGCCAGGCCUGCAGGCUCAAGAAGUGCCUUCAAAUGGGAAUGAACAAGGACGCCGUGCAAAAUGAGCGACAGCCCCGCAACACGGCCACUAUACGGCCGGAGACUCUGCGGGAGAUGGAACACGGACGGGCGCUGCGAGAGGCCGCCGUGGCCGUCGGGGUUUUCGGACCACCCGUGCUACUGUCUCCGCCCUGCUACGGCUCCGGACUCCUGCCCCCGCCCUCACUGGGCAGCUUGCCGACGGGACGACUGCUGCACCACAACCAUCUCACCUCCUCCAUGCAACUGGCUGCGAACCACAUGGGCGCCGGCAGCUUUCCCAUGUUCAAUGCCGCCGGCUCAAUGCACCACUCGCCCAAGGAGAAGGCCUACGGCAUGGAGAUGGUCAGCAGUGGCAAUGUCUCCCACUCGACCAACUCGAGCAGCAACCACUCCAUCGACCCGAGCUCUCCGGCGCCGGAAAACGGCAAGGAGAAGAACAACGCCGGCGGCAGCGUCUCCUCCAUCAGCUCCUCCAGUCCCACAAUGGAAAAUGACAAUGAUGACGACUCCAUUGAUGUAACCAAUGACAACGAGGAGCCGCAUGCGGUGAGCAGAUCGGACUCCAGCUUCAUCAUGCCGCAGUUCAUGUCGCCCAAUCUGUACACUCAUCAACAUGAAACUGUUUACGAGACGAGUGCCCGGCUGCUCUUCAUGGCCGUCAAGUGGGCCAAGAACCUGCCCAGCUUUGCGAGGCUCUCCUUUCGGGAUCAGGUUAUUUUGCUGGAGGAAUCCUGGUCGGAGCUCUUCCUGCUGAACGCCAUCCAAUGGUGCAUCCCCCUGGAUCCCACCGGCUGCGCGCUCUUCUCGGUGGCGGAGCACUGCAAUAAUCUGGAGAACAACGCCAAUGGGGACACUUGCACAACCAAGGAGGAGCUGGCGGCGGAUGUGCGAACGCUGCACGAGAUCUUCUGCAAAUACAAGGCGGUGCUGGUUGAUCCUGCUGAGUUCGCCUGCCUCAAGGCGAUAGUUCUGUUCCGGCCGGAAACGCGCGGACUUAAAGAUCCGGCGCAGAUUGAGAAUCUUCAGGAUCAGGCGCACGUGAUGUUGUCGCAGCACACGAAGACGCAGUUCACCGCCCAGAUAGCCAGAUUCGGACGACUCCUUCUCAUGCUGCCGCUUCUGCGCAUCAUCAGCUCCCACAAGAUUGAGUCCAUCUACUUUCAGCGCACAAUUGGGAACACGCCCAUGGAGAAGGUGCUCUGCGACAUGUAUAAGAACUAGUUAACUCGAGCUUUAAGUUACAACAAAUUUAAAUAAAUAUGUUUUUGUGUCUUGAAUGUUAAA